AUGACAGAGCAGCAGCCCGCCAAGCAGGAGGCCGCGCCCGCGGGCCGCUCCCUCGCGCGCGUGCUCGUCGUCCUGGAGCGCUCGAUGGUGAUGGCGCAGGCGCUGCCGCUCAUGCUGGAGCGCCCGCUGUUCCAGAAGCUGGAGGUGGCCAUGGACUCCGACAAAGAGACCCUCUUCCGCACGGGCAUCCUGGUCGAGCAGUGCCCGGAGAUGGGCGUCGCGCCGGAGCCGGCGUUCCUGGGCUGGCAGGACUCGCCCGCGCUCAAGGACCGGCUGCUGGAGGCGGUGCGGGGCGGGCGCGGGGGGUUCCUGGGCCCGCUCUCGCUCGCGACGGCCCUGGCCGACGCGGCCGAGCUGUUCGAAGAGACGCGGCGGGCCGACUUCGGGACGGGCCAGGGCCAGGCGUCCACGGACCACGUGCUGCUCGUGUGCGCGGGGGACGACAACGGGACGAGCGCGCCCGCGGUCCCGAUGUCGUUGGGCGGCGGCGAGCCGGCGCUCCUCGACGCCGCGGGGUGCGCUGCCGAGCUGUCCGCGCUGCGCGUCUCCCUGAGCGUGUUCCCGCUGAGCCUUCGCGACGAGCGGUCCGACGGGUUCCGGGUGUUUCUGCGCGGGAUGCACGCGUGGCGGGAGCGGGCACAGCGGACAGGGAACGCGGCUCUCGCGGCGGACAUUGCACGGGAGGCGGAGCGGUACAGGGCGCUGGUGCGGAGGAACCAAGUGCCUGCGCAGCUGUGCGCCAGCAAGCUGUUCAAGUGGGGUUUCGCGGUAGUGGAUGCGGCGGCGCCCAAGGUGCCGGAGGCCGCCGUCGCGCCCCCCGCCGAGGAGCAGAAGCCGGUCGUCAAGACCCAGCCUGGACCGGCGGGGCCAGGACCGCUGCCCCUGCGGCCAGGUGCGCCGCCGCGCUAG